AUGGCCAGCCCAACACAAUUUGCGUAUCGGACGCCCAAAGACGUUGGUAUAAUACAAGGCCCGCCCACAUACGAAGCACUGCAGGGGUUCGAACCGGUAACAGUAGCAGAGACAUCGACGGGAGCCGCGGCCGCUAUCUUGCCAACGCAGAACGUGUUCGAGAUCGGCUUUUCGCCCCUCGGAACGUAUAUCAUCACAUGGGAAAGACCCUCCAAAGACGACUGCGGUGAUGCGACUAAGAAUUUAAAGGUUUGGCGAGUGGUUGAGGGCAGCCAGGAUGUCGCGGGGAGUGAGUGCAACGUCGUCGGGCGCUUUGUACAAAAGUCUGCAACGGGGUGGAACCUGCAAUACACCCACGAUGAGCUCUACUGUGCUCGGGCAGUCACCAAUGAGGUACACUUCUAUCAGAGCAGUGAUCUUGCAAUUGUCUGGAACAAGCUACGUGUGGAGGGACUUACAGACUUUGCCAUUUCAUCGGGUCAUAAUCCCGCCAUUGCUGUGUUUACACCGGAACGCAAAGGCCUCCCAGCAUCAGUCAAGAUCUUUGGUGUUCCCCAAUUCACUGCGCCAAUGUCACAAAAGAAUUUUUUCAAGGGCGAUAAAGUACAGCUAAAAUGGAACAAAGAUGGCACGAGCCUGAUAGUCCUGGCGCAAACCGACGUAGACAAGUCUGGGAAGAGUUAUUAUGGUGAGACGACACUGUACCUACUCAGCGCAGAGGGCGAUUUUGAUUCGAGGAUAGGGCUUGGUAGGUUCUCUGGCAAUCUAAAAGGAAGUCAUCUUUCGCUGAUGCGUGCCACAGAUAAAGAUGGGCCUAUUCACGACGUGACGUGGUCUCCAAACUCUAAAGAAUUUGGCGUAGUGUACGGUUAUAUGCCCGCGAAGACGACUCUAUUCAACACUGAGGCCAAAGCGACCUAUACAUUCCCCCUUAGUCCACGUAACACAAUAUUAUUCUCGCCCAACGGAAGACUCGUCCUUGUUGCAGGCUUUGGCAAUCUAGCUGGCCAAAUGGACGUGUAUGACUUAGAAAAGGAUCACACCAAAAUCUGCGCAAUUGAGGCUAGUAAUGCAAGUGUCUGCGAGUGGAGUCCUGAUGGCCAGUUUAUCCUAACUGCGACAACGAGUCCUCGACUUCGUGUCGACAAUGGGGUCAAGAUCUGGCACGUUGGAGGUGGACUAAUGUAUACGAAGGACUUACAUGAGCUUUAUCAUGUUAUCUGGAGACCUCGGUCAACGGUUUCGCCCUUCUCGGACACCCCAGACGCGUUGCCUAUCCCACAUACAUCUGUACUUGAGUAUAUGGGUAAAGUGAGAACCCCAGUCAAAGCGGCGGGUGCCUACCGACCACCAGGAGCUAGAGGCCAGAUCACCCCCCUUGCCUUCAAGAGGGAGGACGAGGGUGGUGCGGCUUAUGUUAGCAAUGGAAGUUUGUCGCAGGGUAUCAGCAUGAGCAAUUUUGGAAAGGCCAGAAGGCGGGAAGUUCCCGGCGCGGAUCCGGUUGAUAAAGAUGGACAAUUCACGCGAAAUGUUUCGGUAGACGACGAGCAUCUCUCAAAAGCGGCGGCAAAAAACAAGAAAAAAAGAGAUGCAAGGAAGGCCAAAGACCCCACGCCCGAAUGUGUCAACAUUGCGAGUUCAACAGAUGAAACGACGAUUGCUCACGCAUCUCCAAGUCGGCCACCCAGAGCAGACGGAGCAAACGGAAGUCAGAAACCAAAACCCUUAGCUAUCGGAGAGACCAGCCCACAGCCGCGACAAGCAGAUCUUGGAUCUCACAAACGGUUGCCACGUGCAGGAGAGGUCAAAGACACUGUUAUUGCAACGCCGAGAGGAGGCACUACGGCAAUCCCAGGUGCAGGAGAUGGUGGAGGUGUCAGCCUCCAUGACAAAAAAAUCAGGGCGUUGCUCAAGAAGUUGAGAGCGAUCGAUGAUUUGAGGAUGAGGAGAGCUGGUGGUGAAAUACUAGAGGGGACGCAAAUCAAGAAGAUGGACACCGAAGAAGCUGUCAGAAAGGAGCUCGAAGAUUUAGGCUACCAAGAAUAA